UAUCCUACUUCCAUCAACUAACAAUAAGCUUAGUAAAAAAAAAAUCUUCCGAAAUUAACGACACGUGUUGUAUCGUACGAUCUAAUACAGCUUAAUAGAGCCGAUAUGAAUUAGGGGGACAACGUCUAGGUGAAUCGUAUCUAAUCGGACUACGUGUUUAAACCGAGCUAUAUUUUGCAAAAGUACAUCUCUCGAACAGCUUAACAGAACUGAGAUGAAUUGGGGGGACAACGUCUAGGCGAGUCGUAUCUAAUCGGAGUACGCGUUUAAACCGAGCUGUAUUUUGCAGAAGUACGUCUCUGGAACAGGUAGUCGGUCUCCUACUUCCAUCAAUUAACAAUAAGCUUAGUAAAAAAAAAGAACAAUCCAUGGUAGUAGCUUCUAGAAUCAUUGUUGGAGAAUUCAUCAAUUUCUGCGGCAUAGUAUACUUUUUCCUGUUUAAAUUAUAACUUCUUUUCUUCAAUUCUGUUUCAUAUUAUACUGGUGUAAUACUUACUAUAAAAUGUGAGAUUAAGUUUAUAGAAUGUGGUGAAAAUUAAAUAUAAGAUACUGAAGUGAUGUACCUUUAGAAUGAUGCACCAAGCUGAACGUAGUCUUUUGGAAGCACCGUUAUUUGAACAACAGGAAGAAGUUCUGUGAUGGUUUUUUACACGUCCAUAUACGAGUGUUUCUUGAUGCAAGGGAUAUUAAUGUGAAAGUGCAAUUCUUUGGAGAACAUUCGCAGAAGAAACUUUAAAUGAAGUGAAAUCUUUUGCAGCAGUAUUCUGAAAUUGUUAAACAGAGAUGGAGAAGUUAGAGAAUGGAAUUUAUAAGCAAAAUGGCUUCACAAACGAGGCUUUCCAGAUGGAAGAUAUUCAUCUUGAACAAAAGGAAAAUAAUUUUUCCGAUGUUGAGAAAUCAUUGGAGAAGCCCGAUGCUCAGCAGAAAGUACCUUCAGAAAACAAACCAGCAAGAGCAGAAUGGGGUGGAGGACUACAAUUUUUAAUGGCAUGCAUUGCCACUUCUGUGGGUCUUGGAAACGUAUGGAGAUUUCCAUUCACUGCCUAUGAGAAUGGAGGUGGCGCUUUUCUGAUACCUUACAUCAUAAUUUUAUUAUUCGUCGGCAAACCUUUCUAUUUUUUGGAAGGUCUUCUCGGUCAAUUCACCAACAAAUCAUGCGCAAAAACAUGGAACAUGGUACCUGCAAUGAAAGGUCUAGGAUAUGGACAAGCAUUUGCAGCAAUCUGCGUAGUGUCUUAUUAUUGCGCUCUAAUGGGUUUGACGUUAUACUAUCUAGUAGCAAGUUUCCAAUCUGAACUACCUUGGUCCUAUUGUCGAGAAGAAUGGCAGGGUCAAUGCGUAGACGCUGUUUCGAAGGACAACAACGUAAGCAAGAGCGCGAAGUUGCUUGAUAACGAUAACGGUACCCUUCGUAGCUCCGCAGAAUUAUACUUUAGGAAGAUCGUUCUGAACGAGUAUGACUCCAUCGAGGAUGGAAUUGGUACUCCUUCCUGGCAACUCACCAUCUGUCUUUUCUUAAGCUGGAUGACGAUAUUCAUCGUGCUUUGCAGAGGAAUAAAAAGCACUGGAAAAGCAGUAUAUUUCCUAGCAAUAUUUCCUUAUAUCGUUAUGAUUGCUCUGUUAUUUAGAGCAGUGACUUUGGAUGGUGCUGUCGAUGGGAUUCUAUUCCUAGUCACUCCGAAAUGGGACAAAUUGUGGCAACCCACUGUGUGGUAUGCAGCAAUUACCCAAUGUUUCUUCUCCUUGUCAGUUUGCUUUGGUCCCAUCCUUACUUACUCAUCCUACAGUAAUUUUGGGCACAACGUUACCAGGGAUGUCAUGAUAGUGACCACUUUGGACACGUUUACAAGUCUGAUAGCAGGUUGCACGAUUUUCGGUAUUCUAGGAAAUUUAGCCCACGAGAUAGGCACCGAAGACAUAUCAACAGUGGUCCGUGGAGGUACCGGACUAGCAUUCAUUUCUUAUCCAGAAGCAUUGUCUAGAUUCAAAUUGGUUCCCCAACUGUUUGCUGUUCUCUUCUUCGUGAUGAUGUUCGUCCUUGGCGUUGGAAGCGCAGUGGCUCUUUGCGGUGCCGUCUUCAGCAUCCUCUGUGAUCAUUUUCCAAAAGUGAAUCACUGGAAGUUGGUGCUGAUGGUGUCGGUUUUCGGGUUCUUCGUUAGCCUCGUUUACGUCACUCCUGGUGGUCAGUGGUUCAUAACACUGGUAGAUUAUUAUGGUGGCACGUUUGUGGCGAUAAUAGUGGGUGUAUUAGAGAUGGUAACUAUUUUCUGGAUCUAUGGUCUGUCGAAUUUUCUCAAUGAUAUAGAGUUCAUGCUGCGGUCGAGACCCUCCUUCUACUGGAGACUCUGUUGGGCUUUCAUCACGCCUGUAUCGAUGAUUAUUAUUUUAAUUUACACGAUCGCCACUUAUGCACCACCUACUUAUGAUGGAUUAAUGUUUCCCACAUAUGCUUAUGGUAUUGGCUGGUUCUUACUGUCCCUGGGAGUCUUAGCAAUCCUUGGUUGCAUUUUGCAGAAAUUAAUAGAGAAACGAUCAUCAUCCUUGAUAGAAACUAUUAAAGCAGCAUUUAGGCCCGAUGAGAAUAAGUGGGGACCCAGCGAUCCUAAAAUUCGGCUGAAAUGGAAGGAGUUCAUAGCUGAAAAGAAUUUCCAACAUCGAGGUGGCUUUGUCCAGACUUUUUUCAAAUAAAAAACAACUCCUGUCUGUA